CAGCAGACUUCUCGCACAACUUUACGGACGGGCUGGCCAUCGGCGCGACAUUCCUAAGAGGUACGGGUUGGACCACGACGGUGGCGAUGCUUCUGCACGAACUGCCUCACGAGAUCGGCGACUUCGCCAUUCUCAUCCAGUCGGGCUUCACGCGGCGCGAGGCGAUGGUCACGCAGCUGCUGACGGCCAUCGGAGCCAUGAUCGGAACGGUCAUUGGUCUCCUGAUGGAGGGCGCCGGGGACUCGAGCUCGGUGUGGAUCUCCCCAUUCACGGCUGGCGGCUUCAUCUACAUCGCGUGCACCAGCGUCAUGCCGGAACUGCUGGAAGACUGCUCCCUCGCUCAGUCGCUUAAGGAGGCCACCGCUAUGUGCGCGGGCAUCGGCCUCAUGGCCCUCAUCGCGCUGAACGAGUAAGCAUAUACUACAUCUUGCUAGGUACAGUAGAGACUUUAGUUCUGACGAGGAUAGAAGGCCUCGAACACCAACAUGAAAGUGCCAAUGCUGUUUGUUU